AUGCUGGGACUCACCGAGUGCGGGUUUCUGGUUCUGACUGCCACUCAGUUCAUUCUGGGAAUGCCGGGGAAUAGUUUCAGGUUGGUCAAUGGUAGCAGCUGGUUCAAGAACAAGAGAACCUCUUGGUCUGACUUCAUCAUCACUAACCGGGGUCUCUCCAGGAUUGUUCUGCUGUGGAUUCUCUUUUUUUUUUUUUGCGCCCUCUGCAGUGGAUUCUCUUGAUUGAUGGUGUUCUCUUCCAAACUCCACGAUGAAUAAUUUGCAAUCAUGCAGACUAGUGAUAUUUUCUGGACAUUUACAAACCAUCUGAGCAUUUGGCUUGCCACCUGUCUCAGUGUCUUCUAAUGCCUGAAAGUCGCCAGUUUCUCCCAUCCUACGUUCCUCUGGCUCAAGUGGAGAGUUUCCAGGUUGGUUGUAUGGAUGCUUGGUACCCUGCUCUUAUCAUGUAGCAGUGCCGUCUCUCUGAUCCAUGAAUUUAAGAUCUGGUCUGUUCUCAGUGGAAUUGAUGGAACAGGGAAUGUGACUGAACCCUUUAGAAAGAAAAGAAAUGAAUAUAAGCUGAUCCAUUUUCUUGGGACUCUGUGGGACCUCCCUCCCUUAAUUGUAUCUCUAGCUUCCUACUUUCUGCUCAUCCUCUCCCUGGGGAGGCAUAUGCGGCAGAUGCAGCAAAACUUUACCGGCUCCAGAUAUCCAAGUACUGAGGCCCAAAAGAGGGCCAUCAAAAUCAUCCUUUCCUUCCUCUUUCUCUUCCUACUUUACUUUCUUUUCUUUUCAAUUUUGACAUCCAGUUAUUUCUACCAGCAACUGAGGUGAUUAUGAUGACUGGAGAAGUAAUUAACAAUGUUAUAUCCUGCUGGCCGCUCAUAUAUUCUCAUUCUGGGAAAUAAUAAGCUGAAGCAGAUGUUCAUGGAGACGCUUUGGUGUGAGCCUGGUCAUCUGAAGCCUGGAUCCAAGGAACCCGUUUUUCCAUAGAGCAUCUGCGGGCACAGGAGGGAGCCUAGGAGUCCUUAGACCUGGCUCAGGAUUACAGGGCUCUUCCUUACCCUCCCUUGGCACCACUUCUGUCACAUCAGUAGGAGAGACACUACUGCUUCAUUCUGUCCCACUUGGGACACUUCUCAUGGCCUCUCCUUGUAUGGUUGUUUUGGAGAGGGUGAAAUAGUCUUUGGAAAGUG